AUUUCACGCUGUGUCCACGAGCUCGCCACCUCUCAGCAGCUAGUGCGCCGUCAUCGCGUCGCUAGCAGGCUGACAGGCUGGCAGGCAGGCUCGGAGGGCGAAACCCGGCGUUUGGGGGGAAUGCGAAUGCUAAUGUGAUAAGAGGAGCUCCGUUCAGAAGAAAGAAGAAGUACAGCCCCGCUGUGAUGGUUUUCUUCAAAUCAAAUUAAAUCGACGAGGGAACGGAGGAAAAGGAACCGCGAACCUGUGACGUCCACUCGCCAAAACAACGAUUUUUGGGGAGUCCAGUAAACUGUUGAAAAUGGCCAUCGGGCGGCAGUUUGGACUCUUGGUGUGGAAAAACUACCUUCACCAGAAACGUCAAAUCCUGGUAACGCUGGUGGAGAUCAUUUUGCCCCUGCUGUUCUCCGGCAUCCUCAUCCUGCUACGCCAGAAGGUGCCUUUCAAGGACUUCCCCAACGCCACCUUCUACGAGAGCUUUCCGGUCGAAGCUUUACCCAGAAACUUCCUGAGGCACUUGCAGUUGGCGUACGUGCCCGCCAACUCCAGCGCGGUGCGGCAGGUGGCGGAGGACGUGCGACUCAACCUGGCCUUAGCCUCAGUGCAUGGCUUUGAGUCUGAGAAGCACUUUGAGGACUAUGUGAGGAAUGACCCCCUGUCUGGACUUUUCCUGGCCGCUGUGGUGUUUGAGAAGCCCUGUUGUCGCAAUGAUGAGCCUUUGCCCCUUCAGGUCAGCUACCACCUACGCUUCACCUUCACCCCUCGCAACGCCCCGCCCAAAGAGAAGUCGGAGCUGGACCCCAACAGCGACUUGGACUGGCACACACUUAGCCUCUACCCGCUUUUUCAGCUGCCCGGCCCGAGAGAACAGUAUGACAUGGUUGGGGGAACACCUGGUUAUUACCGUGAGGGAUUCCUUGCGGUGCAGCACGCCGUGGACAAAGCCAUCAUGCGCUCUUACAACAGAACCGCCGCCGACUCGCUUCUGGGACAGACCAGAGUGGUCCUGUCCCGCUUUCCGUACCCCGCCUUCAUAUACGACGUCUUCAUCCUGGCCAUUCAGAACCAACUGCCCCUGCUGCUGGUGCUCAGCUUCACCUACACGUCUCUCAACAUAGUCCGAGCCGUGGUGCAGGAGAAGGAAAGGAAGCUGAAGGAGUACAUGAGGAUGAUGGGACUCAGCAACUGGCUCCACUGGACUGCUUGGUUCCUCAUGUUCUUCCUGUUCCUCUCAAUCUCCGUCUUUUUUGUCACUCUGCUCCUUUGCAUCCGGGUGAGCCCCAACGGAGCAGUCCUGAGCUACAGUGACCCCACGCUGGUCUUUGUCUUUCUUCUGAUCUUCACCGUGGCCACCAUUAACUUCAGCUUCAUGAUCAGCACCUUCUUUUCACGAGCCAACGUGGCAGCGGCGGCAGGGGGCUUCACGUAUUUCAUGAGCUAUUUGCCUUAUUUGUUCCUGUGGCCACGCUACGACCUUCUCAGCCAUGCCCAGAAGGUGUCGGCCUGCCUUAUCUCCAAUGUGGCCAUGGCCAUGGGAGCGCAGCUUCUCGGGAUGUUUGAAGGCAAAGGAGCAGGUAUUCAGUGGUGUAACUUGUUUGAUUCUGUGACGGUGGACGAUGACUUCUCGCUGGCGCAGGUGAUGGGCAUGCUGCUUUUUGACGCCGUACUCUACGGCCUGGUGGCCUGGUACGUCGAGGCAGUUUUUCCCGGAGAGUACGGCGUGCCGCUGCCCGCAUACUUCUUCGUACAGCCUUCCUAUUGGUGCAGCAGCCCUCACAUGGCUCUGGUGAACGAGAAAGAGGAAGAGGAGGAUGCCGAAAAGGCUCUGAAGGGAGAGUUUAUAGAGGAGGAGCCAAACGGAGUCGUCUCCGGGAUCAAGAUUAAGCACCUUGCCAAGGAGUUCAGAGUGGGCAACAAAACCCGCAAAGCCGUGCGGGAUCUCACGCUGAACAUGUUCGAGGGGCAGAUCACGGUGCUGUUAGGACACAACGGUGCCGGCAAGACCACCACACUGUCCAUGUUGACAGGUCUUUUCACUCCCACCAGCGGGAGGGCUUACAUCAACGGAUACGACAUCAGUCAGGACAUGGCUCUGAUCCGACGCAGUCUCGGACUCUGUCCCCAGCACGACGUUCUGUUCGACAAUCUAACCGUGACGGAGCAUUUGCUUUUCUACGCGCAGCUGAAAGGCUUCUCCAAAGACAAGAUUCCAGACGAGGUGGACAGAAUAAUCUGCAUCCUCCAACUUGAAGACAAGCGACACGCUCGCUCCAAGACGCUGUCAGGUGGCAUGAAGAGAAAACUCUCCAUUGGCAUCGCCCUCAUUGGCGACUCCAAGGUGGUGAUGUUAGACGAGCCCACGUCCGGUAUGGACCCGUCGGCCCGACGUGCCACGUGGGACCUUCUGCAGGGCGAGAAGAGGGGACGCACCAUCCUGCUCACUACGCACUUCAUGGACGAGGCCGACCUGCUCGGCGACCGCAUCGCCAUCAUGGCCGGCGGGGAGCUGCAGUGCUGCGGCUCGCCGCUUUUCCUCAAGAACAAAUAUGGUGCCGGCUACCACAUGGUGAUAGUAAAAGAGGCCCAGUGUAACGUGUCCGAGAUCACCCGCCUCGUGCACCUGCACGUUCCGAACGCCACAAUGGAGAGCAGCGCAGGGGCCGAGCUGUCUUACAUCCUCCCGAAGGAAAGCACCAGCAGGUUUGAGCUGCUGUUCGCCGAGCUGGAGAUGAACAGGGACGAGCUGGGCAUCGCUAGCUACGGCGCAUCUGUCACCACUAUGGAGGAGGUGUUUCUCAGAGUGGGAAAAUUGGUGGAUUCCAGUUUGGACAUCCAGGCAAUCCAACUGCCUGCCCUGCAGUACCAGCACGAGAGACGCUCGCACGACUGGACGACGGACGACGCCAGCAGCAUCAGCGGGAUGACUGACAUCACAGACUUCACCGACAGCGGCACUCUCAUCUCCGAGGACUGCUCCAACAUCAAACUGAACACAGGGGCGAGACUUUACCUGCAACAGUUUUACGCCAUGUUCCUGAAGAGGGCGCUGUAUAGCUGGAGAAACUGGAAGGUGAUGGUGGCUCAGUUUCUCAUCCCCUUGGUGUUCACCGUCAUGGCAUUAGUUGUGGCGCGUGCCUUUCCCAACCACAAGAACGCCCCUCAGAUGGGACUGGAGCUGGGUCGUUACGGCCCCACUAGGGUCCCCGUCGCUCUUCAGACGGGGGCGGGCGUCCUGGCCUCCGCCCUGGCCAACGCUUACGGCCUGCAGAUCCACACGCAGCACGGACAGCUCAUUAACGUCACGGACUUUACCGAUUACAUCCUGACCCAGGCGGAGGAAGAGGGCGGCAGCUUUAACGAACGCUGCGUGGUGGGCGCCGCGUUCCGCGGGAGCGGCAAGCACUUUGCCGAGGCGACGGCGUACUUCAACAACGAGGGCUACCACACGCCCGCCACGGCUCUCAUGAUGGUGGACAACGCUCUGUUCAGACUGCUCGCCGGGACCAACGCUUCCAUCCACGCGGGAAACUACCCGAUGCCGCGCAACCUCUCCGAGGCCGCCCAGAGCGAGCUCGCUGAGGGAAAGACAGGCUUUAUCAUCGCCAUCAACCUAAUGUACGGGAUGGCUUCACUGUCCAGCACCUUUGCACUGCUGCUCGUCACCGAAUCGGCCGUCAAGUCCAAGCACGUGCAGAAGGUCAGCGGUGUCUACCUGUCCAACUUCUGGUUCUCGGCGCUGCUGUGGGACCUGGUCAACUUCCUGCUGCCGUGCCUUCUCAUGUUGGCCGUGUUCCAGGCCUUCAGCCUGAAUGCCUUCAUAAAGGACAACCGCCUGGUGGACGUGCUGCUGAUGCUCCUGCUGUACGGCUGGGCCGUGGUGCCGCUCAUGUACUUGCUCAGCUUCCUCUUCUCCUCCGCCGCCACCGCUUACACCCGCCUCACCAUCUUCAACAUGAUCUCCGGCACCGCCACCUUCCUGACCGUCACGAUCAUGACCAUCCCAGAGUUGAACUUACGGAACUUGUCCCACUUACUGGACAAGGUCUUCCUGAUCUUUCCAAACUAUUGUUUGGGAAUGUCCUUCUCUCAGUUCUACCAAAACUACGAGUUCAUCUCAUUUUGCACGUCCAACCCAGUCACCCAAGCCAUCUGCAAGUACUUAAAUAUCACAUACCAAACCAACUACUUCUCCAUGUCCGAACCUGGCGUGGGACGUUUCAUGGUGGCCUUAUCGAUACAAGGGUUUGUCUUCAUCGUUCUGCUGUUCGUCAUCGAGCUGCAGUGUGUCCGUUCUCUCCGGCGAUUCCUCUCUGACCUGUGCAGGAGGCGAAAACAGUUAUCUUUCAUCGGAGAUGCGGCACUGCUCCCAGAGGACAGAGAUGUGGCAGAUGAGAGGAAGCGGGUUCUUGAGUGCCAGCCCAUGGUGGAGUCCAUGGUCGGGAGCCCCCUCAUUCUGCAAGAGCUCAGCAAGGUGUACAGCAGCGGGCAGACACUUCUUGCUGUGGACCGCUUGUCUCUGGCUGUGGGUAAAGGAGAAUGCUUUGGUCUGCUGGGCUUCAACGGUGCAGGGAAGACCACCACCUUCAAGAUGCUGACUGGCGACGAGAGCGUGACGUCCGGGGAUGCCUACAUUGACGGAUACAGUAUCUUGAGAGACAUUAAGAAGGUGCAACAGCGCAUUGGUUACUGUCCUCAAUUUGACGCCGUGUUGGACCACAUGACGGGCAGGGAAACCCUGAGCAUGUACGCCAGACUGCGAGGAAUACCCGAAAAGUACGUGUCGGGCUGCGUGGAGAACGUGCUGAGGUCUCUGCUGCUGGAGCCGCACGCGGAUAAACUCGUACGCAGCUUCAGCGGUGGCAAUAAGCGGAAGUUGAGCGCCGGCAUGGCUCUCAUUGGUGGACCUCCGGUCAUCUUCCUGGAUGAGCCCUCCACCGGGAUGGAUCCUGUUGCCAGGAGGCUGCUGUGGGAUGCUGUGACGCGCACGCGGGAGUCUGGCAAGGCCAUCAUCAUCACAUCGCAUAGUAUGGAGGAAUGCGAGGCGUUGUGCACCAGACUGGCCGUGAUGGUCAACGGGCAGUUCAAGUGCCUCGGGAGUCCGCAGCACCUGAAGAGCAAGUUCGGCAGCGGCUACACGCUGCUGGCUAAAGUGCACGUAGAGGCCGAGUUGGACGACAGUGACCUUAAGCUUUUUAAAGACUUCAUCGAAAGCACCUUCCCAGGAAGUCAACUGAAGGAUGAACACCAGGGAAUGGUCCACUAUCACUUGAUGGACAGGACGCUAACCUGGGCCCAGGUGUUUGGCACCCUGGAGGCAGCCAAAGAGAAGUACAACAUCGAGGACUACUGCGUGAGCCAGAUCUCACUGGAGCAGGUCUUCCUCAGCUUUGCUCAGUUCCAACACUGCACGGAAAGCAGGAGGAAGUAAGGCCCGCCCCUAAACCUGUUCGACACCCGUCCGACAUCCGUCUGUCCUUUCCCCUUAUUCCUGUGUGAGUGACUAAAUGGACUUGACACUGGCAGUCUGCCAUUGCGCCGCACCACAGUUGCGUAACAGACUGGGACUGGUUUGGAUUCUCAGCGCUGCCCCUUUUUAUUAUCUUUUUAGUAAGUUCAAAGGCAAUGAUAUCAUGCAUUGCUGUGGAGUUGCGUCCAAGUGUGUUUGUUUGUGUGUGUGUGUAUUAUUUAAAAUCUUAUUUUAAGACGUGAUCAUGUUUCAAAGGACUUAUGGAGGAAAAAAAAUUAAAAAAGAACCACUGUUUGAUAUGUUAAUGAUUGUUGCACACCUCAAAGCCUUAUCUAACCAAUGAGGGUUAUUUCUUGUGUUUUAUGCCCUUUGUUUCAAGCCUCUAAACUUUGCCAGGUGCAAAAUCAUGUGAUGUGUUCAUGCUACACAAAAAAAGGUCAGAUGGUUCAAGUUUUUGUUGCAUGCGUAAGAGUUGAUUGGCUGACAGCAUGGCACCUGAAAAAGCAGAACGUUGUAUCAUGUCAACAUCCGGUCUGGUACGGUGGAACCUCCAAAGUGGAACACCCCUAAAAUGGUACAAAGCAGGCGACAAAAAGUCCAAAUCAGCAGAUCCUUUGAAACUUCAGCUCCGUGAGCAUCUGAAGGAUUGUCUCCGCAAAUUCAUGGCAAACAGAAAAAGUGUGUCGAUAACCGUAGAACACUCACACGCGUGUCCAGCUACUCAGUACAAUGACCAAUACAAUUAAUUAACACUUAGCUAUACAGUGGUGCCUCGACUUUUGAGGUUAAUUAGUUUUGUGAUCACAUUCGUCACUCAAAACCAAAGCAUCGUUCCAUACUGAAAUGAAGGGAAACACUAUUUUAGUGAUCCCUUGCUAUAUCGCGGUUCACUUAUUCUGUAUUCAGUGCUUCGCAUAUUUUUGUCAGUGAUCAGUAUGUCAGUCAGACUGCGUGCAGGUGAGCGACUGCACUCAGUUACUCACCUGCACAUUGUCUUUUACAAUUGGCAUUACUGGCUUUUUGAUUAUGAUGUGACCGCAAUGACUCGCAUAAGGACAAAUAGGCUCUAUGCAUUUGCAGAAAUAGAAAUCUUACUGAGCAAUUUCUACUCAAUACAUUUGGUGAGUCACCAGGUUGCUUAAAGAUGUAACUAACUUGCCCGAAAUGCCACUGUUUAACGCACAAGCCACAGUCAGAGUUUCAUCAGAAUCAGAAUCAUCUUUAUUUGCCAAGUAUGUCAUGAAAUAAAUACCAACGUAGCCAGACGUAUAGCUAAUGCACACACUCUUAACAAUGUGGACAGGAAGAAAUGCAAGAAAAGAGCAAUGUUUAGCUUGAUUUUUCUUCUGCAAAUAAUUCUGGGAAGCAGAAGGGGUUCUGCCAGUCCUAAUUCCCAUAAUGCUUUGCGCUGCUUCCACAGCUGGAACCAACAGUGUGAAGCACAGUGCCUAAUGGUUUAUGCCGGGAUCAGAUUACAAGCGCCAUGCAGCAUGAUUCAGUGCUUUAAUUCAAUGGGCAUUAGUUUGGUGUGUGUCGUCAGUUGUAAGUGGAGUUACCACUGUAUUUCCUAUGAGGGAUAAAAAAUGAAUUUAGAACAAACUGGCAUCGACUUUGCAGGUUCCACUGUAUAUUUCUAAACGUGUGCUCCUUUAAAACAUGAUGGCUAUGGUACGCCAAAACAACAACACAUCAACCUGUUUGUGUGCAUGUGAGGGUUAGAUGGAAUAUACUGUAAUGUAUAUGACAACACAGAAUUGAUCUGCUUUUAAGUCAAUGUCUGAUAGACUACAAUAGAGUUAAUAGAGAGUUUAUGUGCUUCUGGACAAGCUGCAAAUGCCUCAUGUUUAAUGUAAACUGCAUUUUCCACUUCAAACACCCCAACCUUGUCAUAGAUAUUCCAGAAUAGAUGCCUUUCGCUAACGGGAAAUGACCAGACUGCUGUUUAUUCCUCUUUUAAUCCGCAUUCAGAGCCUAUUCCUUCUUUGUACUUUUAAAUAGGUAUGUUUUCCUAAAUAGAUAUGUUUUCCUAAUCCUUUCCUAGGAAUUGUGACAGUCGUAAUCUCACCCUCUUUAUCGCUGAUGCGCACUAUCAUCCAUCGUGUGUGUGACUGAGUGGCAGAUAUGAGAUGAAUGUAUUUACCAAGCAAAAAAAAAAAGCAGCAAUCCACUGUUGGCAGCAUGAGAUGCUUUUGCAGAGCUAAAGUCUGACAUUCCACAAAGAUUAUUUAACACACGUAACUGCUCAUUUUUUUUACACUUUUUUUCCAAUUUUCUUGAAUUGUAUUUUGCACAUGUCAUCACUUCUAUGUACGACGUGAAUCAAAAGGGAAUAUUAGUUGGUCGUAGAAAAGGAAGGGGGGGGGGUUGGACUGCUGAUGUUGAGAUAUGCUGUAUGAUAUUUAAUAAGGGAAUAUUAACAUCAUUGUAACUGUAUGGAGCUCAUCCUGUUGACUGUAUAUGUAUGCAUCUUCCUUUUUACAUUAAAUAACGCUCUAUGCAAA